AUGUACAAUGCACCCAGGAAGCUACACCCAGAUAAAGAGAGAGACAAGAGCAAGUAUUGCAGAUUCCAUGAAGGAUAUGGCCACGACACAGAUAGAUGCUGGGACUUGAAGCGGGAGAUAGAACAGCUGAUCCAGUCAGGAGUGUUGAAGAAGUUUGUACGGACAGAAGGAAGUGCAGAAAAAAGGAAACCGGAACAUAUGGAAAAAGAAGAGGCAAACAAAAGAUUCAAAGAACCUAUGGGCGUGAUCAACAUGAUAGAAGGAGGGGAACCCUAUUCGAAGGCACAGAAGAAGAAGAUACGUAAGGGCGUGUACUCGAUAAGCACUAGAGCAUCCGCAAAGGAGCUGCCGUUAGUCACCUUUGGACCAGAAGAUGGAAGACAUGUGCAGGAACCGCACAACGAUGCGCUAGUAAUCAAAGCAUUGAUUAACAAUUUUAGAGUGAUGAGGAUCCUGGUGGACGAAGGAAGCGCAGUUAACCUCCUUACCUUGCAAGUCUUCAGGGGGAUAAGGGGAUCAGUAACGGAUCUAAGACAGGUUUCCGUGCCGUUGGUUGGAUUAGGAGGAAAGCCUAUCAGACCGGAAGAGAUGGUAGGGCUGGAGAUAAUUCUGGGAGAAGCAGAAGAAGGGCCACUGAAGACCAUGACAGCAGUUUUCAACGUGGUGGAUAUCCCGUUGGCAUACAACGCCAUUUUGGGAAGACCUUUCCUAUACCAGUGUGGUGCGGUAACCAGCAUCAGAUGGCUGACACUUAAAAUUCCAGACGAAGAAGGGAUAGUAACUGUAAAAGGAAGCCAGUUAGCCGCACGAGAAUGCAACUUGAUCACUGAAGAAAAAGGCAAAAGUCUGAACAUCGAAGCGUUCCCUAAAGAUCCAGAAGAAGAAGAAGGAGAUAGGAACGCCCCAGUAGGCAACAUGAGGGAAUUCCAAAUCACCCAGAAGAAAACAGUGAUGAUCGGGACAGAAAUACCAGAGGCUGUGGCCGUAGAAAUCAAGAGUGUAUUACAGAAGAACGGAGACACCUUUGCCGCAGAGGCUUAA